UUGAAGUAAAUCUGUCGGAUUAGUGUGUUACACAAGAUGGAUUCCACCGUUGAACAGUCUGGUUUUCUGGUGACGUUAAACGUGGGUGGCUGUUACUUCACGACGUCGCUGCCCGUCCUGUGCAAGUAUGAGGGUUCCAGACUGGCCGCCAUCUUUAAUGGCUUCCACGUUGCGCCGAAGGACGAAGAAGGUCGCUUCUUCAUCGACCGAGACGGCACCAACUUCGGUCACGUCUUAAACUUCCUCCGCGACAGUCAGCUGCCUCCUAUGGACAAGGUUAAAGUCGUCUACAGGGAGGCACUGUACUACAAGAUUGAACCCCUUGCCGAGGUGCUUCGCAGGCACAGGUCCGUUUUUGAGGAGGAAGAAGAAGUUUCCUUCGCAGAGCAGUGCCCAGAAGCCUUGGAAAAGGUGAUUGAAGUGACCAGCAUAUUCCGUAAGAGGUUUGCAGGUACCUUGAACAACUCGCUCGAAGUCGCUCUGCAGUUUCCCCAGGCGCAGGCCUGGAAAUCGCUGAGGAAGAGAGACAACCCCGCGGGUGACGUCAGCAUCUACCACCCUCCCCAGGAGCUGAACGGAGGGCCAGCUCGACAGGACCACCGCUGCUCCUCUCCUGACGUGCUGCUGGGGGAGAUGUCGGAGUCUGACAAGAUAAAACACCUCAACUUCUUCACGCGUUACUUGGACAGGCUUGGAUACAAUGUCACAGUGAGUGAGAGGGACUGUGGUGACCCAGUGUGGUGUCAGUCCGUGGAAUGGUCAAACGGCCCAGCAACUACGACGAUUCACUGUGCAAAAAAGCUCCACAUCCUUACUUUCCAAUAAGAGACUGUAGAAGAAAAGAAGUAAUUUCAUAAUCAAUUCAUCCUAUUCUAGUUUAAAUCUGCUCCUCUUUGCUUCCCUGUUGUAUGUACAUAAUCGCCAGGGAAGCGAAAAUCGGAACGAACGGAACUGGAAUAGGAUGGGUACCAGACUAGACGAAACGAUUCUGGUGCUUAACUGGAUGUGUAACCAUAUGUUUGUUAACUUAGAAAGUAAUGUUCAAAGGAAUGAGACACGUAUGUCGUGAUCUCACUGAUCAGAGUAGAAUCUAGUCAGCCUUUACCAGGCUCCGCGGAUCGCUGGGUAAAUAGCAGAAAUAGGACUCAUGAUAGAGGGAAUAGUGUGCUAGGUGAGUCGGCCGGCCAGAGAAGUCAGUACACGACCCGUGGGCUAGAAUCUAGUGCAAGCAUACUUAAAAUGUGAUUGAAUGGAACUGUUGUUUCAAAGUAAGUGGGACAACUUAUUUGAUCGAUGGUGUGUCAACAUGAACGUCUAGAAUUCAGGGCAAAUUCUUGCAUCAGCAUAGAUAACUACUAUAAUCACAGUGUGGAUAUAAUGAUGUCAAUAGGUGUUACAUAUGGUCAAAAAUUGCGUAGGCUGCAGAACUAACAGCGAGAAAUCCAGAAUUUUGAAUAAAACAACACAUUUUACAAUAUUCUAUGUUUCACGGAUCUUUGUAUCGCGUUCUAACGGCAUUCAUCUCAUCAAUCAACUAGACACGUUCCCAAUCCUACAACAGUUCAAAAUCGGAUAUCUUACUGGACUGCGUCGCUGCGUCCUAAAU